AUGAUUAAUACGAACAUAACAACAGUAACAGACUUCAUGAUACUUGGAUUCCCAGGACUCAACCCAACAUAUUAUGGAUCUGCGUCAACUCUUUUUUUCUUCACCUACUUGGUUAUUCUUGCUGGAAACAUUUUUAUUUUAGUUUUUGUUGGGAUCGAGAGGCUUCUUCAUAAGCCAACAUAUCUAAUAUUUUGUCAUCUGGCAAUGAAUGAUUUGUUAUUUGGGACAGUGACAUUACCAAAAAUGAUAUCCAGAUAUUGGUGGGAUGACAAGAUGAUAUCUUUUAAUGCCUGUUUCACUCAGAUGUAUUUUGUUCAUUCCUUGGGAGCAAUUCAUUCUCUCCUUCUGCUGAUUAUGGCCCUUGAUCGUUUUAUUGCAGUAUGUUUUCCACUAAAAUAUUCUGUUCUAAUUACAAACAAAAUAAUUUCUUUGGGUUGUGGGUUGUCAUGGUUUGGGACAUUUCUUAGGAUGAUGGCAGUUGUAUUUCAUUCCCUAACCUUGCCUUAUUGCAAUUCUAACAUCAUUGUGCAAUGUUAUUGUGACCUCAUUUCAAUCACAAAACUGGGAUGUGCAGAUGUAAAAUAUGUUCAGAGUGUUGCUUUCGGUCUUGCAAUGUUUAGUCUUUUGCUUCCACUCUCAUUUAUAAUCUUUUCCUAUAUUUUCAUCUUUGCAGUUGUUUUGAGAAUAACAAACAGGAAGGGACGACACAGAAUCUUAUCAACUUGUACACCACAGUUAUUGAUUUCUUGCCUUUAUUACCUACCAAGAUGUUUUGUUUAUCUAGCUAAUUUUAUAGGAUUCUCCAUCAGCUCGGACAUCCGCAUUUUAUUGAUUUUGUUGUACAGUCUUCUUCCUUGUGCUGCUAAUCCACUCAUUUAUUGCUUCAAAACCAAAGAUAUUAAAGAUAUUUUAAUGAAGAGAUUGAACAAUUCAAAAGUUGGAACGAAGCCAGUUUUAAAGUAA